ACCUUCAACCUUUCUCGCAUUUCAACUCUCUCUCUCUCUCUCUCUCUCUCUUCAUAAACUCCAAAAUGAUGCUCGGAGAACCGAGCCGACUCGCUCCGACCCUCAAGGUCGCUCCGUGGGACCCAUUCGACGACCCGACCUCCGGUCUAGGAUCGCCGUUUUCCGUUCGCAGCCCAUCUGCCAAUGCCGGCUUCCUCGACUCGCUCUCGGCGCUCCACCGGUUCCUUCCGUCGAACGAGUCCGACUCACUGAGCGACGACCCGGACAUGCCUCUCAUUUCCUGCGACCAGUUCCGGAUGUUUGAGUUCAAGGUUCGGCGCUGCGCACGUGGCAGGUCACAUGACUGGACCGAGUGCCCGUACGCCCACCCGGGCGAGAAGGCCCGCCGCCGCGACCCGAGGAAGUACCACUAUUCGGGUUCGGCCUGCCCCGAUUUCCGCAAGGGCAACUGCGCUAAGGGAGACUCCUGCGAGUUCGCUCACGGCGUUUUCGAGUGCUGGCUCCACCCGGCUCGCUACCGGACCCAGCCAUGCAAGGACGGGCUGGCCUGUCACCGCCGGGUCUGCUUCUUCGCCCACACGCCCGAACAGCUCCGGGUCCUGCCCGGCCACAGCCCGAGGACUCACGGGCCGGGUUUCUUCGAUUCGCCCACUUCGCCUCCGAUAUCUCCGCCGUCGGAUUCGCCGCCAAUGUCUCCGAACAGUCCGCAACUCCGCCUCAACUCGGUGAGUGAACUCGUCGCGUCCAUGCGCAACUUCAAGCUGGCCAAGAUGCAAAUGAGCACCACUCCUCCUUCGUGGGUUGGAUCCGGGUUCGGAUCCCCCCGCGGACCUCCGCUCCGACCCGAUUUCUUUAGCCUCCCCAACACCCCAACUCGCAAUUCGGGUCGGUCCGGACCGGGCCCGUUUGAUCUGUGGGAGCACUCGCUGGUUGAAGAGCCGGCAAUGGAGAGGGUGGAGUCGGGAAGGGACCUAAGGGCGAGAAUGUACGCGAAGCUGAGUAAGGAUAACUCGAUGGGCCGGGUUGACUCAGGCGGGUUUUCGGGUCCUGAUGUGGAGUGGGUAUCAGAGUUAGUGAGUGAGGGCGAGAACUGAGUGGGUUUGGUGGGUUUUGCUGUGGAUUCAAUUUUUUGGCUGAUGCGGCGGCCUUUGAUUCUUCUGACUUUUGCUGUGGAUAUUAUUUUCCAAGUUUCAUUUUGUAAUUCUGGUUCAUUCUGUAAAUAGUUGAUGUGAACCAUACUGUGAACAAGGAACAAGAAAGCAAGAAACCCGAAAAAAAAAAAAAUUAGAAAUUUUGUGAUCUGUACAAAUGAAGGAAAAAAAGGAAGAAGAAGGGAUUUGUUGGGGCUGCCGAUGAAUUUGUAGCGGUUGCUUUCAUGCUUAUUAUUAUUGUUAUGUCUAUGAACUUGUAAUUUCCCUGUUCUAAUUUUCUUGGGUUUAAGUUGUUGUUC